AUGCUGCGUGCCGUAGGUUCGGCGUUGCGAGGAAUCGCAGCGAGAACGGUGGGUACAAGCGUGACAAAUUCUGUCGUUUCAAAAUGUAAUCCUGUCGUGGAGCACAUGCAAUAUAGAGGAUUCGGAGCGUUGUCAAUAAUCGCUCAAAAGUGGGCCGCCAUGGAACCAACGCAACAUAGAAUGCUGUUAAAUCAUGUGGCAGUGGGAGAUCAGAUGGCUGUGCCAGUUCAACCUGUAGCUGUGCCAGUGAGAACAUUGACUAAAGCGAGUAUGACUAAAGGAAAGAGAAAAACCGUAAAGACAGUCUUAAAACGUUUCUACAGAUUACACUGGGGUAUCUGGAUCAGGACGAAGGCAGGCAGACAUAGCAAACUGUGGAAAAAAUCAUGGAAGCGGAAGAAGAGGUUGCGGCAGCACGUAUUCUGCAAUUCCACCCAGUCCAUGUUGCUGGAUAAGAUGACGACCUCUUACUGGAAAAGACGACAUUACUACGUUGACGAUCCAUAUGAGCCGUAUCACGAGCGAGAAGAGUUCCUGUUGACCCGAAAAAAACCACUACCCUAAUUAUAAUCCGCAUUGAUUGAUCACAAUUGAUUGUUAGAAUAAAUUUCGCUUCAAGAAGUGUUAGAAGUGAUGCCGUCUGAAGUAAAGCGUUUCGUCCCACCUAAAUGUCUGCCGAUUUCAUUUUAUGAUGUUAUAUACGUUAAGGAAUCAUCCCACCGUGACGAUUAAAACAUUGAACAAUUUUCAGGAAUUUGUUUUGAAUACUAAUAUUUCGGCUUUUGCAAAAAUACUUGGAAUUCCUUUACCAAGAUUUAACAGUCAUACAUCCUUGAAUACAUGUACUUUCGAUAAGUGCAAAUAAAAAAUCGAUGGUUUGAAAAUGUCA